GCGAUCACGUGAGCGGCUGCGCUCGCAACAUGGCGGCGGCCGUGGGGCUGCUGCUGCUGCUGCUACCGCUACCGGUCGUGGCCGGCGGCGGCGGGAGGAGGGUGUCCCUGCAGUACAACCCGGGCUGGAACGGCUCCUCGGUGAACGUGCUCCACGUGCGGGCCGUGGGCGCCGCGGACACCCUGCACUAUGUGUGGAGCAGCAUCGGCGGCCCCGCCGUGCUCCUGCUGGCGACCCGGGGCAGCAGCAGCGCCCUGGGCAUCGACUGGAGCCGGCUCCUCUCGCCUGACCCCGCCGGCGCCGUCUGGAUCGAGCCCCCCGGCAGCGUCACCCACGCGGCCGCCGUUGUCUUCACCAAGGUGUUCGAGUACAGCGAGGCCGGAGCCCAGGAGGAGCUUUUCUACCCCACCUACGACCUCUCCAACUUCACCUGGGCCAGCAUCAAUCACACCCUGAACCACACGGCGCUGACGGCCGAGUUCUCCGGGGUCCCGGCUGCUGAUCCCAGUGGCAGCUUCUCCAACGGCAGCCUGGCCUUCCGGGUCACAGCCUACGAGGCCGGCGGCCGCGACGAGGCCCUGCCCAGCCUCCUGCACACAGCGAACAGCUCCAAGGUGGAGUUCGUCCUGGCCGGGGUGGCCCCGCGGGGCAACGGCUCCCGCUUCGCGCUCCAGGUGGCGGCGGUGGAGGAGCCGGGGCUGGCACCGGCGCUGCGGGCGCUGCGCUCCAUUGAUGAUGAGUACACCCCGACCGUGUUCGAGGUGCUCUCCCUGGCAGCCCAGGCCCAGAACGAGAGCUCAGCGCGGAGCUUCCUGCAGUGGAAAGCGACCGCCUACGGCUCCCGGUGGCCCCGGCGCGAGGACCGGAUCCGCUGCCGCUCCCAGGGGCUGCGAGCGGCCGACUGGAGCCUGCUCACAUCCAGCCUCGUCCGGGCCUACUUCGGGGACGGGGCCGGCAGCAGCCACGGCGUCAGCGCCGUCAACAUCUCCUUCGGCGGAGAGGAGGGGGAGGUUUACGAGGAGAAGCGGUUCCUGAGCUGGUCGGCGCUGCUGGGCUUCGGGCCGCCCCCCCAGGACACCUUCUCCCCCCUCGUCAUCUCCAUCAUGGCCGUGGCGCUGGGCACCCCGGUGCUGCUGCUGCUGCUGGGCGGCUGCGUCCUCCUGUGCGCCCGCAGGCGGCGCUACUCCGAGUACGAGCCCAUCAACUGAGCCCCAGGCCCACCCUUGGC